AUGUUCCCUCUAGAUCUGACCACUGACAAUUUCCAAGAUUGUAUUCGCACAUCAAGCUGGGAAGUUUCAGAAUUCUUCACUGCAGCCAUGACUGCAGCACUAGACCCUGGUGAACAACACACCCAGUUUGUCGACUGGGCCAAGUCGAAUGGGGUUGAAAUAAAUGGAAUCGCUCCAGCACGCUUCAGCGGACGAGGAAUGGGUAUCGUAGCAGCAAAAGACAUCAAAAAAGGAGACAAGUUAGUGCACGUCUCCAACAAAUCACUCGUUCAUGUCGCCCUACCUUCCAUCCACGCCUUCAAGCUUCCGGAAAAUACCACUGUUCACGGAAAACUCGCAGCAUCCCUAUCCCUAUGGUAUAGUGGCCAGGAACCGCACUCCUACCACCUCUGGCAAGACGUCUGGCCCACGCAGCAAGAUUUCAAAUCCACCAUGCCAAUCCACUACCCGUCUUCCCUCCAGUCUCUCCUGCCACCCGCCUGCAAAACGCUCCUCGCCAAACAGCGUGCAAACCUAGAAAAAGACUGGGCCACCCAUUCCACCCAUCUACCUCCUUCCAUCACCAAGUCCCUCUACACGUACACCUGGCUGAUAGUAAAUACUCGAACUUUCUACUGGGAGUAUCCCGACCUGCCCAACGCACACCCCCGCUUACCUAAACGGCGCCCGAAAUUGACCGCAGACGACUGCUACUGCAUGUGUCCGCUCAUCGACUACUUCAACCACUCAGACAACGGGUGUCAUCCCCAACACGACAGCCAGGGCUACUCCGUAACCGCCGAUCGACCAUACUCUGCUGGCGAAGAGGUGUUUGUGACAUAUGGUCCCCACACAAACGACUUCCUCCUUGUGGAAUACGGAUUCAUCUUGGACCAAAACGUUCAUGACUCUUUGCCCUUGGAUCACGUCUUGGUCCCGUUGUUGGACAAGCAGCAAGUGGAUGCGCUGAAAGAAGAUGGGUUCUACGGCAACUACACGUUGUUUGGUGCAGGGAAAGAGGAGACGGUGUGUUACAGGACGCAGGCUGUCCUUAGGAUGUUGGUUCUGGAUUCGAGGAGGUAUUCGGCGUUUGUGUCUGGGGAUGAUGAUGGAGCGAGGGAUCAGGCGAGGUUGAAUAAGUAUCUGGCGGGUGUGUUGACCAAGUACUCGAGGGAGAUAGUGGAUACCUUGGAGGAAGUUGAGGGUCUGGAUUUGGGCGAAGAAAAUGAGCAUGAGCUUGCGGAAGGCCAGAAGGAGACCUUGAUGAAGAGAUGGAAACAAAUACGGAGUGUCGUGAACAAGGCCAUCGAAGCACUUACAAGGUAG